AGCGGUCUCCAUGGUGAUGAAGUCUUCGGUAGAGGAGGAGGAGGGAGGAUGGGGUCUCGGGAUCCCAGAGAAGAUGAGAAACAACGCCAGCUGGGUGGAUGUCACCCAGGAAUUCAAAGGAGCCUGUAGAGAACUCAAACUUGGCGAGUUGCUGCAUGACAAACUGUUCGGUCUGUUCGAGGCCAUGUCUGCCAUUGAGAUGAUGGAUCCGAAGAUGGAUACCGGGAUGAUCGGAAACCAAGUCAACCGUAAAGUGCUCAACUUUGAACAGGCUGUUCAGGAUGAGGCCAUACGGGUGAAGGAUCUGAGUAUCCCUGAGCUCAUCGGGAUCAUGGACACAUGUUUCUGCUGUCUGAUCACAUGGCUGGAGGGGCAUUCUCUGGCUCAGACUGUGUUUACGUGUCUCUAUGUUCAUAAUCCGGAUCUGAUUCAAGACCCUGCACUCAAAGCCUUCGCUCCGGGCAUCCUCAAGAUCUGCGACAUCGCCCGCGAGAAAGUCAACAAAGCUGCUGUGUUUGAGGAGGAAGACUUUCAGGCCAUGACUUACGGCUUUAAAAUGGCAAACAACGUAACAGAUCUGAGAGUGACAGGCAUGCUAAAAUAUGUUGAGGAUGAACUUCAGAGGAAAGUGAAGAGUACACGCAGUCGACAGGGUGAACAGCGAGAUCCUGAGGUUGAAUUAGAUCAUCAGCAGUGCUUGGCUCUGUUCAGUCGUGUUAAAUUCACUCGUCUGCUGCUCAGUGCUCUCAUCUCCUUCACUAAAAAAGAGACGAGUGCUGUCAGUGAAGCACAGAAGCUAAUGACUCAGGCUGCUGACUUACUGCCAGCGAUUCACUCCUCCGUACAGUACGGCAUACAGUCACAGAAUGACACAACCAAAGGAGAUCACCCAAUCAUGAUGGGUUUCGAGCCGCUGGUUAACCAGCACCUGUUCCCGCCCACUUUCCCACGAUAUGCCAAGAUCAUCAAGAGAGAAGAGAUGGUCAACUACUUCAGCAAACUCAUAGAGCGCAUUAAAACGGUCUGUGGGGUCAUCAACAUAACCAACCUGCACAGCAUCUUGGUAAAUACCUCUCAGUAUAAAUACAAGGUUGUUUUAAAGAUAAAUCUAGCUAAUGCUGCUGCAUGUGCUUCUCCGUGUGUGCUGUCCAGGUCUCUGCUGCAGACCACGUUUCAGAUUGACAAUAAGAAGGUGUUUGGGACUCAUCUGAUGCAGGACAUGAUUAAAGAUGCACUGCGUUAUUUUGUCAGUCCACCUGUCGUCUCUCCAAAAUGCAGUUUGAACAAUAACCACCAGGCUAAAGAUUACAUUGACUCGUUUGUCACACACUGCACACGGCCGUUCUGCAGCCUGAUCCAGAUCCACGGGCUCAACCGAGCGCGCCAGAGAGACAAACUGGGUCACAUUCUGGAGGAGUUCGCCACCCUUCAGGAUGAGGCUGAGAAGGUGGACGCUGCUCUCCACGGUCUGCUGAUGAAGCUGGAGCCUCAGAGGCAGCAUUUAGCCUGUCUGGGCACCUGGAUCCUCUAUCACAACCUGCGCAUCAUGAUCCAGUACCUGCUCAGUGGCUUUGAGCUGGAGCUCUACAGCAUGCACGAGUAUUAUUACAUCUACUGGUAUCUGUCGGAGUUCCUGUAUGCGUGGCUCAUGUCCACGCUGAGUCGAGCCGACAGCUCUCAGAUGGCAGAGGAGAGAAUCCUGGAGGAGCAGCUGAAAGUACGAAGCAGCAAGAAGAGCAAGAAGAAGAAGAAGGCUCGUCCUCUGAGUAAAGCGAUCACCAUGAGCCAGGCUUACCAGAACAUGUGUGCCGGCAUGUACAAGACUAUGAUAGCAUUGGAUAUGCACAGAAAGGUGCGCAAACCUCAGUUUGAGCUGGACAGCGAGCAGGUUCGCUACAAGCAUCGAUUCGCCCCUUUCAACAGCGUCGUCACACCGCCGCCAGUGCACUACAUCCAGUUUAAGGAGAUGUCAGAUCUGAAGAAGUACAAUCCUCCUCCUCGCUCAGCGGAUCUCUAUAUGGCAGCGAGUAAACAUUUCCAGCAGGCCAAACUAAUACUUGAAAACGUCACCAGCCCCAAUGCAGAGGUGAACCGCGUCCUAAAAGUGGCCAAACCCAAUAUUGUUGUAAUGAAGCUGCUGGCUGGAGAACACAAGAAGGAGACCAAGGCCCUUCCUGAAUUUGACUUCUCUGCGUACAAAUACUUCCCCAUCGUCAAGAUCAUUUGAGAUAGACCAUGUUUCCAAGAUGAACUCGUCUCAAUGACAUGAACUGUCAUCACAGUCGCCGAAUAAGUUAAGAGCCAUGAGUAAUCACGUAAUUAUACAGACACACUCACAGUGGUUCGGUUUGAACAGUUCACAAAUCAUGUUCUUCUUGUUUGGUUGAUAAUAUUGUAUCUGGUAUAUUUCGUUUCCAUUGACUUCAAAAUGAACCCUCACUUCACUCACCAGGUCCAGGCUUGACGAGAUACAUGCAAAGUGUACUCGGGGUGUUUGAUCAUGCUGUGCAAAAAUGUUAGACUGAAUCUCCACACCAGGAAUACUGGAUCCAGUCCCUUAUCAGAUCCCGAGACAUUCGUUUUGAGUGGUGUGGUAUCGUUUUUGUCUUGUAUCCAAAAUCAGUGCUUUGAUACCCAAAACUAACAGUCUUCUGUCAGCCUGAGGGGUUUACGGAUGAGGGCGGAGAUGAAGUGAUGAUAAAAAUGUGCAUGGAUUAUUGAAUAAUCGAAUGUUUCAAAGCUCAGACUUCGUCUCUACUGGACUUUGUUCUGUACUCCGUCUGACCAGCACAGAUCCUACAAGUGUUAUUAUACCAAACCAAAAGCAAUGCGGAGAAAUGACUGCUCUCUCAUCUCGAACUGGUGAAGACAAAAAUCUCUUGAAACCACACAAGCAUAAGAUUAAACAACAUUAACAAGCAUUGCAAUAAAGUAAUAAAAAAAAUAUAAAUAUG